AUGGGGGCAAUCGAGGAGGACGUGGGGAUGCUGCUUUCCUUCGAUACCCCGGAGCUGGGGGAGUUCAAGGAGGUGGGAAAGAAGGCCAUGUACAGAAUACGUGUAAAGGUGGCCCAUGCCUCUUCCCUGGAAGGGGUAAAAUCGACGAGAAUAAUAAGAAAACCGUUUGAAGAUGAAUGCAACAAUUAUCGCAGUCCUUCUUCUGAUUAUAGCAUCAGGGAAUUCACAAAGCACAAUAAACAAUGCCCUCACAACAACCACAGCUGUUGCCACGACAACCACAGCUGCUGUAACUACAGCCACAGUAGCCGCCAACACAACCACAGCUGCUGUAACUACAGCCACAGUAGCCGCCAACACAACCACAGCUGCUGUAAUUACAGCCACAGUAGCCGCCAACACAACCACUGCUGCUGUAAUUACAGCCACAGUAGCCGCCAACACAACCACAGCUGCUGUAACUACAGCCACAGUAGCCACCAACACAACCACAGCUGCUGUAAUUACAGCCACAGUAGCCGCCAACACAACCACUGCUGCUGUAAUUACAGCCACAGUAGCCGCCAACACAACCACAGCUGCUGUAAUUACAGCCACAGUAGCCGCCAACACAACCACUGCUGCUGUAAUUACAGCCACAGUAGCCGCCAACACAACCACAGCUGCUGUAACUACAGCCACAGUAGCCACCAACACAACCACAGCUGCUGUAAUUACAGCCACAGUAGCCGCCAACACAACCACAGCUGCUGUAACUACAGCCACAGUAGCCACCAACACAACCACAGCUGCUGUAAUUACAGCCACAGUAGCCGCCAACACAAAUACAGCUGCUGCCACAACAACCACAGUUGCACCAACUACAACUACAGCUGUCGCCACCACAACUACAGCUGGCGUAACUACCACAGUUGCUCCCACAACAACCACAGCUGCUGCCACAUCAACUACAGCGGCUGCCAUGUCAACCACAGCUGCUGCCACAUCAACUACAGCGGCUGCCAUGUCAACCACAGCUGCUGCCACAAGAACCACAGCUUCUCCGACUACAACCACAGCUGCUGCCAUGUCAACCACAGCUGCUGCCACAAGAACCACAGCUUCUCCGACUACAACCACAGCUGCUGCCACAAGAACCACAGCUUCUCCGACUACAACCACAGCUGCUGCCAUGUCAACCACAGCUGCUGCCACAAGAACCACAGCUUCUCCGACUACAACCACAGCGGCUGCCAUGUCAACCACAGCUGCUGCCACAUCAACUACAGCGGCUGCCAUGUCAACCACAGCUGCUGCCACAAGAACCACAGCUUCUCCGACUACAACCACAGCUGCUGCCAUGUCAACCACAGCUGCUGCCACAAGAACCACAGCUUCUCCGACUACAACCACAGCUGCUGCCAUGUCAACCACAGCUGCUGCCACAAGAACCACAGCUUCUCCGACUACAACCACAGCUGCUGCCAUGUCAACCACAGCUGCUGCCACAAGAACCACAGCUUCUCCGACUACAACCACAGCUGCUGCCAUGUCAACCACAGCUGCUGCCACAAGAACCACAGCUUCUCCGACUACAACCACAGCUGCUCUAACUACAACAACAGCUGCUGCCCUUUCAACCACAGCUGCUCUAACAACAACCACAGCUGCUGCUACGACAAUCACAGCUGCUCCAGCUACAACUACUAAAAAAGCCACGGUUGCCACAACAACAUCCAUUGUUGCUGCAUCAACCACAGCUGCUGCCUCCAGUGGAAUAUGCUUCAAGACAAGUCUUCUCACAAUCUGCCUGGCUGUGAUGUCAUAUCUGGUUCACUCAUACCGGUAGACUAAUCAUCAUCUUGAUAGCAUACCUCAAAAUACAUGUAUCAAAUCCUAUUCAUAAUUGUUUAUAGAGCGGUUGAUUCGAGCCAAGAAUGCUGAUUUGCUGAAAGCCAUAGCCGUAUACCAUGGGUAUGACAACAAAAAAAAACUUUACUGGUCUAAUUACACUUGUAAUCAGUUUAUAAUGGCAAUAAGGCACCUCAGGGGUUUGUGGUAUACGGCCAAUAUACCAUGGCUAAGAGCUGUAUCCAGGCACUCCGCAUGCCUAAAAACAGCCCAUAGCUGUGGUGUAUUGGCCAUAUGUAUUGGCCCAUAGCUGUGGUGUAUUGGCCAUAUACCACACCUCCUUUGGCCUUAUUGAAUAUAAUGAAAUAUAUAUAAUGAAAAUAUAAUAAUAUGUAUUUUGAAGACAGUAAAGAUUCCUAGAGAGAAACUGAAAUAUCUGUAGGAUCUUCUUAAACAACUGCUGCUACUCGGUCCCCUUUAACCUUAAAUAAUCAUCCUUGUAGUCACAGUUAUAACUUCUUUAGUUAUGUUGUACUUAUUUUAACUAAACUUUGUAUUUUGUGCUAUUAUGCACCUCACCUUAAUUCAGUAUUAAACAAAAACUCUUUAACUACUUUGAAUAAAUUGUGAUCAAUCUACACACAAUACCCUAUUAUGAAAAAUAAAAAACUGGGUUUUAGACAUUUUUGCAAAUGUCACAAACACCUUUUUUACAUAAGUAUUCAAACCCUUUGCUAUGAGACUGGAAAUUGAGCUCAGGUGCAUCCUUUUUCCAUUGAUCAUCCUUGAGAUGUUUCUGCAACUUGGAGUCCACCUUUGGUAAAUUCAAUUGAUUGGACAUGAUUUGGAAAGGCACACACCUGUCUUUAUAAGGCCAUACAGUUGACAGUGAUUGUCAGAGCAAAAACCAAGCCAUGAGGUGUAAGAAAUUGUCUGUAGAGCUCAGAGACAUAAUUGGGUCGAGGCACAGAUCUGGGGAAGGGUAGCAAAAAUGUUCUGCAGCAUUGAAGGUCCCCAAGAACACAGUGGCCUCCAUCAUUCUUAAAUGGAAGAAGUUUUCCAAAAGGCAUCUAAAGGACUCAGACCAUGAGAAACAAGAUUCUCUGGUCUGAUGAAACAAGAUUGAACUCUUUGUCCUGAAUGCCAAGCGUCACGUCUGGAGGAAACCUGGCACCAUCCCUUCAGUGAAGCAUGGUGGUGGCAGCAUCAUGCUUUGCUGAUGUUUUUCAGUGGCAGGGACUGGGAGACUAGUCAGGAUCGAGGGAAAGAUGAAAAGGAGCAAAGUACAGAGAGAUCAUUGAUGAAAACCUGCUAGUGAGCGCUUAGACCGUGGUGAAGGUUCACCUUCCAACAGGACAACAACCCUAAGCACACAGCCAAGUGUCACAACGUGGCCCUUUGGGGUGUAUAUUGUGGCUAUUUAUUGACAAAAUUGGAGGAUUAGACAAUAUUUAUAUUUUUGAGAAUGUGGGAAUGGCCCGUGGGUAUUUAAAAUAACAAUCCUGUCGAAGCUGUGUAAUUUUGUGACAUCAGGAAGGGCGGUAAGCACAGAAUAACGGUAGCUUUGGAAGUGUACAUUUCUCAGUUAUUAGUUUUCUUCCUGAAUGUAGUGUAAAAUAUAUGAUAGAAUAUGAACUAUUUGUGAGAAGAUGUAAUGUCAUGUUGGCCUUCUAAACGAGAUACUUGUUUAGUUAUAGAGUUUUAACUAGUCAGUGGCCCCAUGAGCCCAGACAUUACAUCAGGCAUCAUAGAACCGCCCCUUUUUCCACAGAGUAUAAAACCCUUCUUCCUACAAAAUAUACGUUAAGUCAGAGAACGCCGGGACAGAGUCCCCACUUUGGAAUGGCUACAAUUCUAUAGACCAUUAGACCAUACAGCUGUAGUUUUGGCUACACGGCUGGAAAUUGUUAAACUCUGAAUCUAUUGAUCACUAGAGAAUAAGAGCAAAUCUUAGACGUAUAAUUACUAGUCUGCAGCUGGAAAUUACGUACGUCUAGUAUGGGCAUACCAACAACCAUCGAAACAUCUAUUCUAUGCGACAACCAUGGGUAUGCAUUAUGAACACAACCAGAGACUUUCUGCCGAUUGACUCUCCAGCAGACGGACUGGAUUCCAACAGAGAAGACAAGAAUGACAUACGGGUGUAAAUAUAUACGUUGCAAUUAUUCUCGAAUGAGUGGCCGUUCAUGUGCAAAGGAUUAGCAUUUAAAUGAAUAUAAUUACCAUCUGUGUGUAGUGAAUCCAUUUUGUCUUUCUCACUCUUUCUCAGUCCCCAUCCCUUUCCUUUGUCUACCAAGCCGUCGUAUCGGUUAUGUCGGCUCGGGACAUUUUCUUUGUAUCAUGUAUUAACCCAAGUACCUACUGUUCUUUAUGUGAUUCUAUGUGAUUAUUUAGUUAGUUAGUAAAUAAAUAAUUAAGCCAA